ACACCACAGGGUUAGUCAUGUUGAGGUUAUCUUAACCCCCUUGUCACACAGCAAGUAGGACCCGACAGUCACACACCACAGGGCAGAUAGGGCCUGAAAACCACACACCUGGAAGGUACGCAUUAGAAGCAUGGAUUUAAAAAGCCUUUUUGUGGUAGCCCAGUUUAUAAAGGCAAGAUGUGCCCAUGGCAUGACGGCAGGAAAGGCCAAAAAGGAUAAGAAUUAUAUUUUCUAUGAGGUGGAGAUUCAGGAUUCCAAGAAGUUGAAGCUUUGCUACUUGGACAAGGUGGAACCUAAUGCCACUAUUGGAGAGAUCAAGUGUCUAUUAUAUAAGAUCUAUCCUAAAUGGUACCCAGCCAGACAGGCUUUGUCACUUCACCCAGAUGGGGAGUCCCUGAAGGAUGAUGAGGUAUUGGAGAAUCUACCGGUGGGAACCACGGUAACAAUGUUCUUCCACGACCUGGGACCGCAGCUGGGGUGGACCAUGGUGUUUCUGGCGGAGUGCAUCGGACCUCUCUUCAUCUACCUUUUCUUCUUCCUCCAUCUCCUCAACAUCUACGAGCAGAAAGAUGACUAUACCUCCAAUCCCUGCUCAGUGGUCACGCUGGCGUGUGUGUGUCACUGUUUCCACUACUUCAGAAGGCUGUUGGAAACCGUCUUCAUUCAUCGCUUCUCAGACGGCACCUUGCCACUGCAAACCAUCAUGAGGAACUGCCUGUACUACUGGGGAUUUUCUGCUUGGUUAGCCUACUACAUCAACCACCCCCUCUACACUCCACCAUCGUAUGGGAAUCUCCAAAUCUACUCUGCGUUGGUGGUGUUUAUGCUCUGUGAAGCUGGAAACUUCUCAAUUCAUUUGGCUCUCAAUAACUUGGGCUGUAAUGGUCUGAGGCCCAAGCGGAUCCCUUACCCCACCAGGAACCCCUUCACAUGGCUCUUCUUCUUCGUGUCAUGUCCCAACUACACCUAUGAGGUGGGGACGUGGUUGAGUUUCUCCAUCAUGACACAGUGUGUUCCAGUGGCUCUGUUCACGUUGCUGGGCUUCAUCCAGAUGACUAUCUGGGCCCGGGGAAAACAUAAGAUGUACACCAGAGAGUUUAUAGACUACCCUGAACUAAGAUCAGCUAUCAUCCCUUUGUUCCUUUGAGCCAGCCAGGGUUAACAACAAGAUCCUUAAUUAUACCCCUGUUCCUUAAUUAUACCCCUGUUCCUUAAUAAGGGUUGCAAAAAAAAUAUAAUUCUGCUAACUUGUCACCAAAUUCCCAGUUUUUCCCAGAAAUCCCAGUUCUAAAUUCCACGUAAUCAGAAGGAAAUAAGCAAGGAAUUAAGUCAUCGUCCAACCAGGAUUUCUGGAACACCUGGGAAUUCUGGGUAAAUUACCAAAAUUGUGCGCAAACCUAUUCGCUAUACUUUUGGCCAGAGCCACAUAGGCCUCUUGCCAAAUGUAGUGGACUACAUAGGGAAUAGAAUGCUAUUUUAGACAGACCCAUUGCAUACUCUACUACAGUUAGAGAAAGCAGUGUACUGGACACUGUGGUAAUAGUGCACUUGUAGGGGAUAUGAUGUGGCUCUGACCAAAAGGAGUGACACUAUAUGGGGGGGACAACAGAUACCCAGUCAAUAAGCGAGCUGUAUAUAAAUGAACUUUGUGACAGCCUCUCGGUCAGAAUAGGGUUACAAGGACUCACUCAGGCCUGUGACUUAACCUCAUCACUCAACUCUACACUAAAAGUGUACAUUUGUAGCAAGGUUAUGGCUUUACACAGAUACAGUUUUUUUAAGUUAGGAUGAAUGUACUACAAAGUGUGGAAUGAUACAAUAGAUUGGUUUGAUUCCCUUUAGUCGUAGAGAAUUUAUACAUCUUUUUUUAUUCACCAUAAUCAUCGUUGCAGCACAGUUCAUGUGAGUGACAAUGUGUAUACAUUAUAGUAGUGGUCUUGAAGUCUAGUGCACUUGAAGUCUAGUGCACUUGAAGUCUAGUGCACUUGAAGUCUAGUGCACUUGAAGUCUAGUGCACUUGAAGUCUAGUGCACUUGAAGUCUAGUGCACUUGAAGUCUAGUGCACUUGAAGUCUAGUGCACUUGAAGUCUAGUGCACUUGAAGUCUAGUGCACUUGUUCCCCUGUUGAAGGACGGACGGCCCUGUUCAGUCAAAUCAGAUAUGAAGUAACCAUCAUUUAAUAUGUGAUAUUAUUAGUAUUUUAUCUUAUUUGUUUACGUUGUUAGUUUUACAGUGGGGCUGUUCUAUUUGUUCACAGUAACUUUGUGUUAUUAAUGAACCCAUUUGGAUUUAACAGGGCCAGUGUGUGUUGCUGUUAAAACAUGGCAUCAGUUGAAGUUGAUACACAUAUCUAUUCUCAUCCAUAAUACUAGCUAUGACAGGGAUGGGCAACUGGCAGCUCGCGAGGGGCCCCUUAUGAAGGCCCUCGCUGGUGCUGGAGGGGGGGGGGGGGGGUGGUAGAAUGCACAAGGUGCCAUUUUGAAAUGUGGUUUUACAUCAGCAGUUUUUCUCUUGUUUUCUAUUUAUCACUGUUGGAAUGUCAGCCAAAACAAAUUUGAUUAGUAAAUUAGUCUAGCAGCCAGGUAUAAACAAAAGGUAGUAAUCGUGGUGGAUUCACCAGCCGGGGGGGGGGGGCGCAUUUGAUUUUGUUGGUCAGCCUCACAUUUCUCUCCACCCCAUAGAAAAAUGAGUAGAAUUAAAGGAAAUGUGUUAGAAAAUUGCCAAAUCGGCUCUCUGUCCCAAUGGUCAAAAUUUGUAGAAUUGCAAAAUACUUGAUUUAAAACAGCAAAAUGUUCUUUACAUCCCAAUGGCGAAAUGUGUAGAAUAUAUAAACCAAGCAAUAUAUUUCUACAUUAUUUGAACGGCUAUGUAAAUGAGCUAAGCAUUAUUAGUAGUUUUUGGUAUAUAAAUGCGGGUAUACAGACCCGCCAGCCACUAUGGCCCCUCAUAAUGACUUCAGAUUUUUUAGUGGCUCCCAACCCCAUCAUAGUUGCCCGAUCCCUGAUCGUAGGAAAUGGAAGCGUAAAUCCAAAAGCGUCUUCUUGAUUAGAAACAGCAUUUGUAACAUGUUAAACACAGUUAUCAUGACAUUUCAAAAACAAACAAAAAAAUGGUAACAAUAAAAUAAAGAAUAUAUUUU